UUUAUGCAUGAACAUGUGGAAUGCAUAAUAGGAAGAUAUACUGUUAGUGAGAUUGAUGUUUGUGUCAAAAUAAAGCAGGCUUGUGCUUUAACAUAAUGCUUCUGACAAUGACAAACUACAAGGAGCUAUUAGGAUUUUCUAAUCUUAAUCUCUGUUAGGGUAUCCAGUUAAGAACAGCUGAAGAUCUUGCUGUGUGUUCAUGUGAUUCCUGUGCUAAUUGUGUAGGUGCUUCGGGAAAUGCGUUUGAGAAGCACUGUACUUCCUGAUUAGUGCCAGUGAACAGACACACAGCGUACAGUGUAUAGCAGUUAAGUGUCUGGUCCCAGCUGAGAAAAUGGUUCCAUUAUCUCCCAGCUGUAUAGACAAAUCAUAAGGGCCUGUUAUGCGUGGGUGAUCAGUGCAGUGGAGGCAGUGACUUGCUAUGAGGCUGAACCUCUGUUUGUUGUAACAGCAAGUGGAGAGGAAACUGAUCAUUUUCACCAUUUAGUUUGAUUAGAGGUUGUACCUUGAAAAGGAAGUCUUCUAUUAACUGGUGACUGCACGAGAGGCUUAUUUGCCCUUGGCAACUAAAGAUGAUGUUGCUAUGGAAACUGCUGUUACUGCUAUCAUUCAUUGGCUGCCUAGCAGAGAAUGGCAAGCCGCACGGGCCAGUUUUUAUCCAUGAGCCAGAUGACAUUGUGUUUCCCGUGGACUCUGAAGAAAGGAAGGCCACGUUAAACUGUGAAGCAAAAGGGAAUCCAACACCACAUUACAGAUGGCAAAGAAAUGGCACAGAUUUUGACAUAAGCUUGGAUUACCGUUAUAAUUUGAUUGGUGGCAGUCUGGUGAUCAAUAACCCAGUUAGGACUCAAGAUUAUGGAACCUACCAAUGUUUUGUAACAAAUUCGUUUGGCACAAUCGUGAGCAGAGAAGUGAAGCUUCAGUUUGCAUAUCUUGAAAACUUCAAAGGGAAAUCGAGAAAUAACGUGUCCGUCCGAGAGGGGCAAGGCGUUGUGUUGCUUUGUGGUGCUCCAUCACAUUCUACAGAACUGAAGUAUGCUUGGAUAUUUAAUCAAUUUCCAACUUUUGUGGAGCAAGACAAUCAUCGCUUUGUGUCUCAAAAAACCGGUAACUUAUACAUAUCGAAAGUGAAGGUUUCAGACGUGGGUGCUUAUAUCUGCGAGAUAGAGAACACAGUAACUAAUAAAAGAGUUCUGAGCCCACCCACUCCCUUGGUACUGCGGACUGAUGGGGUAAUGGGUGAAUAUGAACCUAAGAUUGAAGUCCGUUUUCCAGAAAUAGUUUUUGCAGCCAAAGGAUCAACAGUGAAACUGGAAUGUUUUGCUCUGGGAAAUCCAGUUCCCGCAAUCAGCUGGAGAAAAAUUGGUGGUUCAUUUUCUGACAAGGUCAAAGCAAACAAGACAUUUGGUGUGCUUGAAAUCCCAAACUUUCAGCAGAAGGACUCAGGCACAUAUGAAUGCACUGCUGAAAAUUCAAGAGGAAAGAACACGGCAAGAGGACAGCUGGUUUUUUAUGCACCACCUUGUAUUCUGAAGAAAGGUCUCGAUCCAUUCAGUGUCCAAAGAAGGAUCGAAGAAAGUCUUCAGUGGGUUUGCAAGGCAAAUGGGGACCCGAAACCUUCACACAGAUGGCUGAAGAACGGUGAACCCCUCAUGAAGGAGGAGAGAAUUCGGGUGGAAAAAGGAGCACUUACUAUCCCUGCUGUUAACUUGUCCGAUUCUGGCAUGUAUCAAUGCCUGGCUGAAAACAAACAUGGAGUAAUUUACCUCAGUGCUGAGCUCAGAGUUUUGGCAUCGGCUCCCGAUUUCUCAAUGAGCCCCUUGAAGAAAUUAAUAGCUGUUAGCGUGGGUGGUGAGGUCAUCAUUGAAUGUAAACCAAAAGCUUCCCCGAGACCAACCUUCGCUUGGAUGAAAGGAAAUGUCAUUCUGCAAGAAAAUGAAAGAAGAAUUAUCCUGGAGGAUGGUAGUCUCAGAAUAGCUAACGUGACAAAGAAAGAUGGCGGACACUACGCUUGCAUUGCUCGGAAUUACUUUGGGUCAUCCAACAGCACAGGAACAUUGAUGGUGAAAGAUCCAACAAGAAUUACCAUUCCACCUUCGGACAUGGACGUCACAGUGGGUGAAAGUACAAUCUUACCAUGCCAAGUCUCUCAUGAUCCUUCACUGAGUGUUGAAUUUGCAUGGUCUUUUAAUGGACAACUUAUAGACUUCAGAAGAGAUAGAGAUCAUUUUGAAAAGGUCGGAGGGCAGGGAUCCUCUGGUGAUUUGAUGAUCAGAAACAUUCAGCUUAAGCAUGCCGGCAGAUUUGUCUGCAUGGUCCAGACUACUGUGGACAGUGCAUCAGCUGCAGCUGACUUGAUUGUCAGAGUUCCACCAGGUCCGCCAGGGGGUGUGAUAAUGGAGGAGAUCACAGAUACAACAGCUCAACUCUCUUGGAGCCCCGGUAUUGACAACCACAGCCCAAUCUCAAUGUACACUGUGCAGGCAAGGACUCCCUUUUCAGUGGGUUGGCAAGCUCUCAAAACAGUUCCUGACAUCAUUGGUGGUGAUGCUGUAACAGCAACUGUGAUCGACUUAAGUCCAUGGGUGGAAUAUGAAUUCCGAGUUGUUGCUAGCAACAGCAUUGGUAUUGGGGAACCAAGCUUGCCAUCUGAAAAAUCCAGGACGGAAGAAGCCCUUCCUGAAGUAGGUCCAGCUAACGUAAGUGGGGGAGAUGGCAGCCGAUCAGAACUGGUAAUAACUUGGGAGCCUGUUCCGGAAGAGUUGCAAAAUGGUGAGGGCUUUGGAUAUGUGGUUGCUUUUCGACCGGCUGGAGCCACAAGUUGGAUGAAGGCGGCAGUAACAUCAGCAGAUGCAUCGCGAUAUGUUUUUAGAAACGAAAGUGUCCCACCUUUCUCUCCCUACGAAGUAAAGGUUGGAGUUUACAACAACCAAGGUGAAGGACCUUACAGCUCAGUAAUCACUGUGUUUUCAGCAGAGGAGGAGCCCACUGUAGCACCGUUCAAUGUCUCAGCCAGAAGUCUGUCAGCCUCAGAAGUCCAGGUUUUCUGGGAAGCUAUUCCUUGGGAGACAAACAAAGGAAAAGUGCGGGGUUAUGAGAUAUGGUACUGGACAGAUGAUGAAAAUGAAGAUGUCGCAAGCAAAAUGACAUCAAAAGGAAACCACACGACGACAAAGGUCACAGGAUUGAAAGGCAGCACAUUUUAUUACAUGGUGGUCACAGCAUACAGCAGUGCUGGAACUGGGCCUGCCAGUCCUCCCGUUAACGUCACAACGAAGAAACCGCCACCAAGUCAAGCACCUGGAAAAAUAAGGUGGGAAUCAGCGAGCUCCAGGGUUGUCCUAAACUGGGACCAUGUCAAAGCAAUGGAAAAUGAAUCUGAAGUGACAGGAUACAAAGUUUUGUACAGAAACAACAGACAGAGCAGGACAAAGGUGAUAGAAACCAAUAACACAUCUGUGGAGCUUCUACUCCCCGAUGAUGCUGAAUAUAUCAUUGAAGUGAAGACCUUCAGCGAUGGAGGAGAUGGAAUUAGCAGUCCUCAAAUCAGGAUCCCCAGAAUGUCAUAUCCAGACGGUGGAAAAAGUGGAGCCUCAGCAUCGAACACUUGUACAUUGUCAGCCUUUAGUACGAUAGUGCUAUCUUUGUCAGCCAGAUCAGCAUUAUGGUGAAAACAUACACUGACUUACCUGACAUCCUUUAAUCAGUCAAAGAUCUAAAGACUUGUAAUGAGUAAAUCUACAAAUUUUGCUAUUGUGCAUUUACUGACCCACCAAUGUUAUCUUUUCCUAUAAAUCUUUAUGACUGUACAUUUUGUCAUUUCAAAUUUAUGUGGACAAACCAGUAAUUACCAGUACAAUUCAUGCAACAGGUUAAAUUAAGACAUAUGUUCUUUGCCUGAGGUUUUGUUUGGGUUUUUCAAAUGCACUAAAGUCAACAUCUGAAAAACAUCAGACACUUGAUGUUACCAAAGCGUACAAUCUAAUGGUUUGCAUAUAAUGUACAGAUGGCUAUAUUUAUACAUGUGAAAUGUUCAGUAUUUUGAAAUUAUUAUUUAGCACAAUUUUUUUAAGUAUCUUGGAAUGUGUUGUUGGUUUUAACAUUGUAAUACAAUUUUCAAAUUUGUCACCUGUACCAGAAAUCAUUGUUGCCUGUAUGAAAAUAGGAGAUUUAACCAGAUAACAUUGGUGCAGUAUCUAUACCUUAACUGACAAAGAUUUCUCUGGAAUAUCCAGGCGCAGUCAUAACAAAUGAAAAAUAAAAUGUAUGUACUCACUUCCACAUUUCACAACUAUUGAUGACUUCCUAUGAUUUGAAAUGCAUUAUAUUUUUGUUGCAGCAAGCCAACCUGGAUUAUCUAGUAUAUUCUAAUGUAGUAACAAGCAAUGAAGUUUAAUUAAAAUAUAAUGACGAACAAGGCUAAAAUUGAUUGUUAGGUAUGCAUUGGUCAAGUGUAAUAUGCAGCAUAUUUACAAAGUCUAUAGCUGGGGGAGGGGGAGAAGUAAGACAACAGACGAUAAAGGUGAAAUAAAUCAAAUCUGUGAUGUUGCAUGUGAAGGUGCAUUUAUUUUUCUGUUAAAUUAAUGUACAUAAGUCUUACAGUGCAUAUUUGUAAAUAUACAUCAGGAGCAACAUAAUUUUACAAUAAGCUGUUACUAGAUUAGCUGUAAAGGUGAGCUGGUCAGUUUGAUUACCGGAUUGAAUCUAAAUGGUUGUUAUAGUCUUUUAAAAGUUUGAUCUACUUUCAGAAAAAUAAUUGUUUACAACUAUGUUUUUUAAACUUCAAAUCUGUUUUAUAUUUUUCAUUUGUCUGUUAUGACUGGCCACUGUUAAUGUAGGCAGCAGUAUUUACAUUUAAAUAUUGUUUGCUUAAUUCUGUAAAUAGUAAUUUGACAAAAAUCCUUUGAAAUAAACCUGCCUUGAAACAGUUUCCCCCCAUUAUCAUCCUCUUAAUAAUCCCCUAGAAUACUAUUUUCUAUCUGUCGUAAAUAACAGUUUUUCACGAUCCUAUCUUUUUGCCAAAGGAUCAAGACAAAUAUUAGAAGCCAAGUUUGGGAGAUGUACAUUUAUAGUUUAGGUACAGGUUCAUAUUUAGAAUUAGGAUUGUAAUAUAAAUGGCAUUGUAUGAACAAGACUCAGUUUAAAUAUAAUGUCCGCAUAGGGCUAUAAAUAUGCACAUAUUUUGAACUCCCGUGGCAAUGUUCACAGGUAAUUUGGUUUCUGAUCUUUGCCAUGGCACCACUGAGGCCUAAAUGUGAGACCAAUUCAUUCAUCCCUGUCACACAUUGGCUCAGACAUUCCUAUAAAAGUGACAGUGAAGCUAAUGUACUAUCUGUAACUUGCACUACUUCAGCUGAGGAGGAGGAGGUACAGAGUUGAAGUGAAAAGUUACUGAUCCAGUUACAAACAUGCAUCAGUAGCUCUGCUGAAAUGGCGUGUUGCUGUCCGGCUCAUCAUUGAAAUGCAUUGAACAUUGUAAAAUUGCUGCUUUUGUCGUAGUUGCAAAUUAAACUUCAGAGAAAUUUAAA